CUCUUCCCUUUAAACGCGCUAUCCAGCACUAAUGCUUGCUUUGUGAUUCAUUCAUCCACAAAGGUUCCGCAACGUCGGUGUUCAGCAUCGUCCUGCACGCAGAAUAGCACACCAUUGACCCUUCGAAGAGGCGACGGGCUAAUUAUAACGGUAAUUAAUUCCACUGUUCAUCAGGCCUCUCGCAAUGACGCAGUGCUCUUCCGAUUCGGGAACGGCUUCAAUAUCGACGGGGCUUCGUUCGGCACGUUCCUAUUUGGCACGCAUUGAGAUGAGAUGUGAACACACUUCCCGAUCGAAGACACUGCACAUGAAUGCACAAAAUACGCUCAAUUCAACGUGGGAAGUUCGGUCUCACGUACUUCUGCUUUAACCACUCGAAGACGACUGUAAAUACUGUUCCAUGGCUCCUGGGUACUGGCACAUCUCACUGGCUCAAACAUGGACCCGUUGGGAGGCUGUCGAAAUUAUCAAUUGCUAUCCGUGCUGGCUCAGCGCAUCUGCUCCCUUGUCGUGUGUUUGAUCAAACAUGUGCGGCAAGAGAACAUAGCGGUGCAGACUGUUUUGCGCCAAGCGCUGCUUCCCAUGCACCGUGCGUUGACGGAGUUUUUGUUCGGCCAGGCGCAUUCGUCCCAGCACUUCAGUCCACUUCAGCUGCGUGAUUCUACACAUUCGCUUCUCUCCUUACCGUCGAUGCCUCUCUAUCCCAACCAACCGUCCCUUCACCAGCCAACCCUUGAACGUUUCCCAUCGUUCCGCGGCAACAUCACGCCACCGGAAGGCUCCAUUACUCCACCGCGUGGCAGUACACCACCUUCCUGGCUCGGCGGCACACCGAUCGGUUUCACCUCAACGCCGCUUCGCACGCCGACGGUGCGUCCCCAGCCGGAACCGUUUGCGCUCAUCAAUCAGCUGCUGACAGCGAUACGCACCUCGAAUGAUGGCAAUUUGUCAAACGUCACCGCACAGUACGCCAGCGAUCCCGUUUUCCGCGAGCGGGCCCUUCGCGAGCUGGAUGAGCUACGAUCGUGCAUUGCACCGCAACUGGGAGGCGCGUGCAAUGGGGCAGAGCAGGCAGUGCGUGCCCUGCUGGACCGGGUAGAGCAGGCGGAAAUAACGCUCUCGAUGCUUAUCAACAAUUUAGAGCAAUUGCAAAAUCAUUGA